AUGGCGCACUCGGCGGCCGCCGUGCCCCUGGGCGCGCUGGAGCAGGGCUGCCCCAUCCGCGUGGAGCACGACCGGCGGCGCCGCCAGUUCACCGUCCGGCUCAACGGCUGUCACGACCGGGCUGUCCUGUUGUACGAGUACGUGGGCAAGCGGAUUGUGGACCUGCAGCACACCGAGGUCCCCGACGCCUACCGCGGGCGCGGCAUCGCCAAGCAUCUCGCCAAGGCUGCGCUGGACUUUGUGGUAGAAGAAGACUUGAAGGCCCAUCUCACGUGCUGGUAUAUCCAGAAGUACGUCAAGGAGAACCCCCUGCCACAGUACCUGGAGCGCCUUCAGCCGUAGCCCUGGCCUGCAGGGCGGUAGCCCUAGUCCAGACCUUUCCUCACGGCCGUGGCCCGGCCCUCUGCGUGCUCUCAGGAAACCUGGUCCCCACCGGGUAUGGACUCAGAGUUAUUUUUGUAAGAACGCUCAUCUGUGGCCCCUGGAGGCAGCUGGCCAAGUAUGGCCGGUGUCCAGCUACAGUGGUGAAGGCAACGCCAGGCGGCUACAGUCACAGCAGCUCCUGCUCUACUGAGAAUGGCCCUGAGAGGGCCUUCAGCCAGGAGCAGAAUGUGGUCUGGGUCCCACCUACUGUUCCCUGCUCUGUGAGUGGCAGGAGGGCUAAUUUGGGGCCUGCUGGCCCCACCUCCUAGGUCUGCGUCUUUUCUGUGGAUGAGGAGGUGUUCCUGAGCCGAGAGGAGCAAUAAGAAACCUUGUGUGCCAACUUCCCAGGGGCAUAGCGCCCAGUUGUGGCUGCCACCAGCACUGCCCCUUCUCUUCCUCCGACUCAAGGGCCCUGGCAUGGGGGACCGGCUUUGAGAAGGGCAGCCCUCCUGACUUGCGAAACUGGGGUGGGACCCCUGCACACUGCAUGAGCUCAGCUGCACACACAAGCACACACCACAUGCACGCACAGGACACCAAGUGCAGGGCUGUGCACUGUCAAGAGGCUGAUGGGGGAGCGCUGGGUGUUCUCUCCUUGUAUCUGUUCCCUUAGCUCCUUGCCCCCUUGUCUUUCAGCUCUACAGGAAAACAAGGUCCCCAUCCUUCAUGGCUGUGCUUCCUCCCAUUUGCCACCUUUGGCCCCCACUCACCCCCAUCUGUCACAAGCCAGCUCCAGAUCCCCCACUUCAUAGUGACCUCCUGGCUGCCCUAUGGGUGGGUUUUCUCAGCACCCUUUGGAGCUGGGAUGGGAGGGAUGCAAAUGAUCCUUAAAAACUCACCACCUGAGAGGGGGAAAUAUUUCUGCCAGGGGAUUUCCUUUGCUGCCACAGAGCAUUUUUCUCUUUGGUGGUGAGCUUGUGCUAGGCGCACCAGUUGCCUGCCUGCCUUCCCAGGGACACUCCCACCACAGCCUUCCUGGUAAUGACCUGGGAGGGGUACUGACCACCCUUUGUUCUCUGGGGCUGACCUUUCUGGAGGCCCUUAGGGCUUCCUUUUGGGGGCUGGUUAGAGCUCAGGGUCCUGACCUGUACCCCUACCCUCUCCCCUCCAUAGGGUCAAGUUCAUUCUCCUCUUCCAUGGGGCUGAAUUGUUAGUUAACAUCAAAUUCCUGGGUGACGUGUCCCCUCCAGGCCUCUGACUGGGCUCAGGGACGUAUGGGUGCUAGGGGCGCUGGUUGCCAUGGUGACUCCUCCAUUAACUGCUGUGCCCUGGCAGGCAUUGGCCUGUGGAUGCCUUUUCUACUCACCUCUUUGUUCCUGUCUCCAUAUUGAGGCCCUCCACCCCCCAGCCAACUGCUGCUCAGGGGCCCACCCCAUACAUUUCACAGAUGCUGUCCCACUCUGUAGCAGGAACAAGAUGCACACAUGCAGGAGGCCUGGCAGUCUGCCCACUAGGGGUCCUUGAGCCCCCGUGUCACUGUCAUUAGCAUCCCUCACUCCCUUGUCCCAGCCCCACUCUUGCCUCCGGGAGUUCCUGAGACAUCCAAAGGCACCCUUCCCCUCCUACCUUGCUCAGUUCUGAUUGUGGAGGGCUAAAGAGGCCCCCUAGGCCUCCAUUGUGCUGGGAAUUAUGGGCCAGGGAGAAAUUGCUUGCAGGAAGUGGGUUCAAUUGCUGGGUCCCCUCUGAGGCUGGAGGUGUACCAUUCCUGGCACAGUUUUAAGAGUGGGUUGUAGGCCUGAGAGUGGACAGAAGGGCCAGCUCAGGGUCUGGGCCAGUCUUCCCCUCUACUGUCCAGGGCAUCUGGGCUAGAACCCCCCAUCUUCCUCCCUCUAGGACCACCCUGCCUCCCACAUACAGGCUUCUCCACGGCCCAGCAUAGACUCUGUCUUGAAAACUCAGUAGCUCAGUGAGCUGGUGCUAUUCCCCUGAGGCCUACAGGGCAAAUAACCAGGCUGAAGGAGGGCACUAUCCUGCAGUGGCAACACACAGGACCCUAGGAGAGGCCUUCCAGGGCAAACAGGGCAUUGAGGAGCAGAGAGCCAGGUUGCACCUGAAGGGAACGGGCCAUCCCCACUGUCCCAGCCUAAACCUAAGAUCCCAUGAGCUGUAUUCUACCAACUGGUGACCCCACACUCAGCCCAGCAUACACAUAAAACAGUACUUGAACCAAAAGAUGUGCGGGAUCUUGGGGGCCCCGUGUCACCCUAGGUCCAGGAACAACUAGUCCCAGUUCCUGCAGGUACGACCUGGACCGCCUCACCUCAGGUGGCCUUAAAAUGCCACUGCACCCACUACAGGGGACUGGGCUGCUGUGUCUGGCCUGGCCCUCAGGCACAAGCAGAGCCUCAUGGCAAUAGUAGCCUCCUCUCCCAGACCAGGGCCCUGGGUUGGCUAUAGAUGCCCACCCUGGAGCUCCCAAAUCACCUUGGGCCAGCCAACAUGACUGACCUUCCGCCUGGUGCUAACCAGUCUGGUGUCGCAGCCUCACAGCCCUCCUUAGUCCUGGAAUCCCCACCAGGCCUCCCCUCCCCGAGGAUCACCCUAAAGGCCCAUGCCCUCUUGCCACACCCACCCUGUGAGUUUCUCUCCUUGCUCAGUCACAAUAGGUGGUCACUCGUGCCUUUCCUACUCAGGACCUGUUACAGAUGGGGUCUGGGCCAGAACUGGUCUCUAGACCUGCUCCCUUUGUUACUUUUCAAACUCCAAAAUACCGCAUGACGUACAUUUCAAUAAAAGGUGUGACCUCAAGCACUAGCUGGACUGCCAGGGGAAGGGGCCAGUAGGCUGGUGCUGUCCCUGCACCGUCCCACCCCAUAGCAAUCUGAUUGUUGGUGCCAUUUUUUUAACUGAUAAGGAAACUGAGGCACAGUGAGGUUCAGAGUCCACAGGUGUGAGGAACAAGGGAGGAGGCAAGUGUGGCAGGCACCCUCCUUUGUCCCUGGUAUGCAGCCUGUUAUUUACCAUUAGCACAAUCCAGUUUCAGGUAGAGAAAGUGAGACUCUGAGAGGGACCCGGGCUGGGCCGAGGUCUCAGAGUAAGACCGCUGUAGCCUCAGGAUCUAGGGAUUUUUCUGUUUGUGUCCAUCCACAUCUCCCCACACCAUGGCUCCAGUAGGCUGCAGCCACGCUCCUUACACAGCUUCCCUCACCUUUGACGCGGCUGGAUAGGCUACCAGGAAGCGGCUGUGAUAGCAUGUCAUGUUGCGGAGGCAGCUGCCCUCAGACAAGCUCUCCCCUGUGAAAAGCCACUUCUUGGGAUUUAGGGUCCAGGAGGAGGGAGGAAGGUGGGCCAAUCUCUCCUGCUGUCCACGCAGGCCCAGGUGGUACCUGGCAGACAGGAGUGAGGGUGGCUUGCUCCUCAGCUGCACAGGGACUGGGAACUCCCGGGGAUUUCUUUCUGCUGGAACCCUCUCCAGUGAUUACAAUACCCUGAACAAAGAGGAGGAGGUCAUUGCUGUCACCAGGCCAUUGAUGGUCUAGUCCAGCCUGUCAUCACAGCAGUCCCACGAGACCCCAGUUCUUAGGAUUGUUUUACUGAUCAAGACAUAGGUUCAGUCAGGGAGUCACUGGACUACAGCCCAUGUGGCUAGAAGACAAGGGCCGGGGCCCAGGCCCCACUCCUGCCCCUACCCUUGCCCUUUAUGAGAUGAUGCCAUGCUGUGUGCCAUGAGGCCUUCUAUCCUCUUGAGGGGACAGGUGGCCUCAGGGACCAAAUCACAGAUAACGCUUCACAACUCCCCUGCUCAUUCGGAAGCCUGAAGUGGCUUCUGUCACUACGAGGUGUCUGGCAGACACAGAUACACCAGCUGGAUCAUGAUGGAAAUGUUAACAGAGCACCUGACCCUAUGCUCACGUCGUUCCUUCCUCAGUUCAGGAUUCCACGCAGAUGUCCCCUUUGCUAUUCUCAGGGUCCUCCUCCUUCCAAAUCAACACCCUAACUUUCAUAUCAGAAGUCCGGUGAGACUGUGAAUUCAUUUUGUAACUGCAACCUGCAAGGUCAAAUUUAGGGUUACAUUUUCAGUUGUACCAGUGGUCUCCUGGCUACAGAAUAUUAAAGAGAUUCUGGCUGUCAAAGAUGCUCUCUGGUUUUGUGCUUGCACCCCGGGCUCUGUCUAUAGUUUUCUUUCUGCUGACUGCAGGGCUAUUAGAGCAGCCAGCCCACAUCUGUGUAACUAUUUCUGCAUCGCUGUGACCAUGGGCAAAAGUUGAUCAGUCCCCCAAGCUUUACCUUCAAGAGGCAACUCACCUCUGGCACUUAAAAUAAGUGAGAGUUUAAGUUGUAGUUUUGCCACUGAGGGCCAUGAACUCCCAGGCCCUCAGGUUCCCCCUAGCAAGGAGGUCGUUUCUGUGUCCCAGACCAGCUAUGUCAAAUAAUCAGAUUUCCAGGCUUGACCAUUCCUGGGAGGCUACUUCUGCCAAGACUAGUCAGUGUAGAGUCAGGAAAAUUUAAAUUGUCCAGCAUCUUCAAGUAGAGGGGAUGUAAUACAAGGGACUGAUCACAAAACUGCUGGAAGGACAGAAAGAACAAAAGAUUGGAUGACCCAAAUGUUAGUAACGUAGAAAGCUGCUAUUAAACUAAGCUGGAGGAGCAGCAGAAAGUCGCCUAAGCCCUGGGGUGCUAUUAGGACCUUGCUGCCUGAACCAAACCCAGGUGCGCAUGCCCACUGGCUGGUGCUGCUGCCACCACUAAAAACACCCCCAAAUUCACAAACUCCUUUACUGCCUCCUGGUCUCCUAUCAAUAUCGGCAUUGGCAGAAAUUAAUGGACAACUCACUAGUAAGGCCCUGGAAAAUGGGCUGUGUGCUUGCAGGCAUCUAGCUCCCUUGUGGCCUCAAGGUAGGGGCCAGGGAUUAGGGGUGGGACCUGAAUGCCAGCAGACAAAUAGUUGGGAUAAACUAAUAAGGAACAUUCUUGCCUUCUAGUUAGGGCCAUUUGACGUGAUACCAGUCCCUCUAUACCAAAUCCAUUUUUGCCAAAGGCUGAGACAUCAGAAUGGCAGGUCCCCACUCCAAGGCAGUUAGAAAUGGCAACUCAUAUUGGGGGUACUUUGUUAUCGCCGAUGCUGGUGUGUCAUGGGCUGAUUCCUUGCCUUGGGAGAAGCUUGUAGAAGGGUCAAUGGGACACUUGCAGCCAUGAAUGGGAGUCCAGUGGCAGGUGUGACUGGGCAAGAUUCAACAAUCUUCUGGGUCAGGGAGCGGGCAGAGUUUUGUCAGAGGUCAGAGAAUGACCCUCAAGAGUCUUAUUUCUGACAGUUGUUCCAAGUUAGGAGGAGAUACAGUGACAAAGUCCCGCGUUAGAUGAGGAAAGGUGCUGGGACAGGACAAAACACCCCACACACACCUCCAGUCUUUCUGAAAAAGGAGUCAGGAGAAGGAAUUUAUUGGUGUUUUAUCUACUCUCUCAGACAGAAAGAUCAACAGACUAGGUCAGAAAACCAGGUCAUCUGUUUAAAUUUCCCAACAAGCUUAUGAGAGAAGAAUCCUCCUCCUUUCACACCUGUGAAAAGUGGUUUAGAAAGUCAGUGCUGGGUCUCCUUGGUGGCACAAGGGGUUAAGCACUGCACUAUGAAGCAAUCCGCAGCCUCUGCAGCAGGAGUUUGAUCCCCCGCCAGCCAGGGAGCUACCCACAGGGCACAGCAGACCUCUCCUGUCUCGCUCGCUGCUCCCCUCAGCAGUGUAUUUCAGUCGAUCUGCCUGUUGUGCUCCCCACUCUGUCUCUGGUGAAUCCUCUCACCCCCCACAUCUCUGGCCUGUGCCCCAGCUCUUGUAUGCAUAAAUAAAUAAAUCUUUUAAAAAAAAAGAAAGAAAGGCAGUGCCAUUCUCAUGUGGAGCACUCAUUGUGUAUGUGUUCAGUGAGGACACAAGAGUGAUAAGGCAGGUGAGGCCAUAUCUUGAUGUGAUCCACAGUCCAGGGGUGGGGGAGAGCACACACACAGUAAGAAAGCUCUGUGCUCAGGCCACUGUCACACCCAAGCAACGUGCCAAACCUGGCACAAAGCCCCUGAAGCCUCUCUUAAAGCAGGGAAUCUAGGCUGGAGCCCAAAGAUGGGUGGGUUUUGUGAGAGGAGCAGCCUCAGGUCCUGAACAACCAGUCUUCAUGGUCUCUGAACUCAUAUUAUACUCCAGCCCCAUACACUUUCCAUACACUUCAUACCUAUGGAGCCACUUGCACGUCAGGGCCUUUGCACAUGCUGUUCCCUUAACCAAAAUACUCUCCUUCCUUCCCAACUCCAGACAGCCUUGGGGCUCCCUCCCUCACCACCUUUAGGUCUGUGCCCAAUUUCUUAGAGAGGCCUUCUAUCCCAGAUCCCACCCUACUGUAAAUUGCUUUUCCCAUUCCUGAGUCCCUUACUUUGCUUUAUGGUUUCCAAUCUUUGCUUCCUUGUUAUAUUACAUGUUUAUCUUGCUUGUUAUUUGUUGUCUGCAUCUCUCUG